AUGUCCAGCGGCUCCUCCGUGUCUACAGCGCGUUGUGAUGAAUCGAAGUCAACCCGCAGGGUGCGACCGGGGUCGUUUCUGGUUCACUUCACCAAGGCAGUUGUAAUACACGUGGGCAUUUCUCUCGGCUACUCCGAGGAUCUCAAGCGUGUGUGCCCGUCAGCGGCCGACACAUUUCCAUGCCUCUAUAAAAGUAUGAUGGAGCACCCACUCUGGACCUUCGCACUUCACAAGUUCCAGGACGGUGUGCACGUGCAGCCGCUGGGUGCGGCGAUGGACGAGGCGUAUGACACGGUGAAUUGUGACCUCAACGAUGAUGAAAUCUUGGCCUUGUACACAAUUGCAGAGGACCGUGGCUAUCACAAUACGUACCACGACCACUACAACGCACUCAACGAUAAUUGCCAGGGAUUCGCCGGCUACGUGGCAAAGAGAGUGGGAAACGCUGAUAUGUUGAAGUAUUACCACGACGUGACGCAUGCACAGUUCGCUCAUGGCUUUCGGGCAGCCGGUAUCGCGUCAUGGACUGGUGCGCUCGUGGCCAUCGCGAUGGCCCCUGCAGCCGCUCCACUCUUUAUUGGAGCCUUUGCGGUUGCAUGGCUUGGGACUGCUGCAAGUGCACUCACAUGA